GUUGUUUCCGACUACCCCAGAAAUAAGUAGGAGUAUUUCUCUACUGGAAGGCCUCCAUUUUACUCCUCCAGUAGCACUUUUGUGGGGGACCGAAUUUGUGGCUUUUCUACCCUCCUUGGUUCAUAAACAAAAUUUGCACUGGAAUAGGGAGUUGAAUCCAUUGCUGAUCCUGUAACAAAUAUGCAUCUCCGUUUGAAGUCAACCAAACCCAUCACCCAACACCAUGAUCUCUUCCAUCUGUUAUCUUUUGCACAUACCUCCUCAAUAACAUCAAGACCCAUUUGCACAAAGACUGAAAAUAACAGCCACGAUCGCUCUUUCCUCCCUCCAGAUCAUUCUCCGAUCGUCGAUGGACUCAUUUCCAUCUUCCAAAACCGACCCUUUUCCCCACACACUCUACACAGCCCCGAAACAGUGGACUUUGGUUCCAAACUCACUCCUACCAUCGUUGAGACCGUGCUGAAGAGUCUCCAGAACUGGAAAAUAGCUCACUUGUUCUUUAACUGGGCUUCGCAACAACCUGGGUACAGGCACACUUGUUAUACGUACAAUGUUAUGGCUUCGAUCCUAUCACGUGCUCGACGAAAUGACCAACUGAGAGGUCUCGCCUUGGAACUGGUCAACUCAAGGUGUUUGAUGACGCCGGGGGCUUUGGGUUUCUUUGUUAGGUGUUUGGGUGGUGUGGGGUUGGUUGAAGAAGCGAAUUCGCUCUUUGAUCGAGUUAAAAAGACGGGUCUUUGUAUUCCCAAUAGUUAUAGUUAUAAUUGUUUGUUGGAGGCUUUGGCUAAGUCUACUGCUUCAGUUUGUUUGGUUGAGGUAAGGUUGAAAGAGAUGCAAGAUUUGGGUUGGGAACCCGAUAAGUACACAUUGACUCCACUUUUGCAGUGUUACUGCAAUGCGGGGAAGUUUGGAAAAGCUUUGGAAGUUUUCAAUAGUAUGUAUGAGAAGGGUUGGAUGGACACCCAUGUUGUGGUAAUCUUGGUAGUCUCAUUUAGCAAGUGGGGCGAAGUAGAUAAGGCUUUUGAGCUAGUUGAAAGGAUGGAAGAUCACGGUAUUCGCCUGAAUGAGAAAACUAUUUCCGUGUUAAUUCAUGGGUUUGUGAGGGAGUCUAGGGUGGAUAAGGCUCUCCAGGUGCUCGACAAAAUGCGGAAAUUGGGUUAUCUUCCCGAUGUUUCUGUUUACAACGUCCUAAUGGGUGGCCUCUGCAGGAAUAAAGACGUCGAAAAAGCUUUGAUUUUAUGUUCAGAAAUGAAGAACUUGGGAGUUUAUCCUGACGUUGAAAUACUCACAAAGCUUGUAUCAAUAUUGCCUGAAGGAGAUAUGGUAAAGUUGCUUGAGGAUGGGCAAGAAGAGCUUGGUUCCGAAGCGAUGAUCCUGCUUUAUAACUCUAUUCUAAAUGGCCUUGUUAAUAAAGGGUCAGUUAGUGAAGUUUAUUAUCUGCUACGGGCAAUGAUGGGAGAUGAAUAUGAUUGUGAUGUUCAGAUGGACAAGGUUUUCCGGACUAAAAAAAUGGUUCACCCGGAUACCAAUUCUUUUGAUAUAGUGAUCAAAUAUUUGUGCAAGACUGAUAACUUGGAUAUGGCCCUAGGCCUUUACCAAGAUAUGGUCCAAAUGAACUGUAAGCCGAGUUGUUUGCUUUAUAAUAACUUAAUUGGUAGUUUGAGCAAUGCAAAUAGAGUGGAUGAAUGUCACAAACUUCUGGGAGACAUGAAGGAAUCAGGAGUUCAACCAACACACUUCACUUACAAUUCCAUUUUUGGAUGCUUAUGUAGAAGAAAAGAUAUUGAAGGAGCUAUUGGCAUGUUGAAGGAGAUGCGUGAAAAUGGGCAUGAACCAUGGAUAAAACAUACUACAUUGCUUGUUAAAAUGCUGUGCAAACAUGGAAGAGUAGCUGAAGCUUCCAACUUUCUUAGUAGCAUGGUUCAAGAAGGUUUCCUCCCUGAUAUAAUUCCCUAUUCCGCAGCUAUUGAUGGAUUUGUCAAGGUUCAAGAAGUGGACCGUGCUUUGCAGAUAUUUAGAGACAUUGGCGCUCGUGAGUGUUGCGCUGACGUGGUUGCUUACAAUAUCAUAAUAAACGGGCUUUCCAAGGCCGGAAGAGUAUUGGAAGCCCAUGGUAUUCUGAAUGAGAUGCAGGAGAAGGGGCUUAUUCCAUCGGUUGUUACCUACAACACACUCAUUGAUGGAUUGUGUAAAAAUGGUGAUAUUGAUCAAGCCAAGCUUUGCUUUUCAACAAUGGUUAGAAAAGAACGGGAGCCGAAUGUCUUCACGUACACAACUAUGAUAAAUGGAUUGUGCAAUGAAGGAAGACCAAAUGAAGCUCUUGAGCUUUGGACUGAAAUGAGGGAAUUAGGGCGUGCUCCGAACAGAAUCACUUUUAUGACUCUAGUUCAUGGGCUUUGCAAGUGUGCGAGACCAGAUGAUGCUCUAUUGUAUUUCCAGGAGAUGGAAGAGAAGGGUAUGACACCUGAUACCUAUGUCUAUGUCGCAUUAAUAGAGGCUUUGCUAUCGAACUCGACCCCACUCUUGGCUUUCAAAAUACUAAGAGAGAUGUUUCACAGUGGAAUUUUUCCUGACCCGAAUGAUAAGAACCAGCUAUGGGUUAGACUUAGAGAAGCUAUAUGUAAAUUGUCUAAAGAUGCCAGGACUCAAUCAGAUAUUAUGAGUCUUAUCGGAGAGGGAAGCAUUCCAAUCAUUUCAAGUUUAUCAGACAUCGUAAUUGAAGAUGGAAUGGAGCCCAUUGCCUGAUUAAAAGGACUUUAAGUCCCUCAGCCUCAGCAGGAUUGUAUGUUGCAGUCCAAGGCCAAGGUUUGGGUUAAGAUAAAUUACGGCAAUUCAGUUUGGUUGUUGACUUGAUUGCUUCAGCACCUUAUUAUCAACAACUAUCAUUACAAGCGUAGAAUUAAUAUAUGAGAUGCGAUUACAAAUGAAUCCAGCUAAUUCCUGAGAUGACGAACAUUUAAUCUUAGUGUGAGCUCAUGGAAUGCAUCAUCACGGUCCAGACACAUUCGUCUCUAUCUGGUUGCAGUUUGUUAAAUUGUGUAUUUCCUUGGUCAUGGCAGUCUUGUUCUUCAGUGUUUGUAAAUGGCCCUUCUGCAGCUGGUAGAACCGGCCGUUCAAAAUGCUACAGCAGAUAUAUAAUGACUGAGUCAACUUAGUUCAAAAAAAUUUUGAUGGUUCAACUGUCGUAGUAAUUCAUUCAUUUUGGUGUCAUCUGUAAACCUCAUCUCUUGCUGCCCUUUUGGCCUGAGUUAUCCAAAAACCUGAGAUAAGUGCCAUGAAAGCCAAUUUUUGGCCGGCCAUAUUUUGGCACAAAAUUUUCAAUUGAACCCCUAGUGGGUGAGGCUGAAGUGUAAUGCUCAGGGGCAAACUAGACUUUUCACUGCUACAGUGGGUUACUGUAGCUGUUUAGUUAUUUUUACUUUAAUGAGUUUUCUGACUUUUAGUGUUUUCCAACUCUGUCCUGUUUUUGUUCUGUAUUUUGUCUUGUUGCGUGGGGGCUAUUGUGUCAAUCUGCUCC